AUGCCAACUCAAUUGCCAUGUGUAACACCUAAUGUAACGAUUUCUUUAGAGCUUAAAUUCAAUCAAAUCCCUUAUCGUCUUUCAUAUUCACCUGCUCCGAUGUUAUCUUAUCCGACUCUUCCGCUUUCUUCUCCGGCUCCAACAGUGGCCCAGAUGUGUGACUCCGGUAGAGAUAAACCUAAGCUGCUCGACGUUGUUUUUAAUGAGACCAUAUUAUCUUCUUUAGAAAAAAACUCUGGAAAAGUCACAGUUAUGGCUUCCGAAGAAGAUGAUGAUGCUCCUGUUUGGAUAACCGACAACGCCCCAUUUGUGGUGGUGACAGAUCCCCAUGAUGGUUCUCAUAAGAUCGACACUUCAAUCCCCACCGAAACAAUAUUCAAGAUCUACCAAUGUUUAAUAGAACUUGAUAAUCUUCCAAUAGAGGUUAAGGCAUUGCUGAAUUCAUUACAGAGCAGAAAGGGUCGAAAGGGAAGAACAUAA